UGAGCGAGAUUGUACCAUUAGAUAUAUAUUUUAUAUUCUCUACCAACUUAUGUAUCAAUUGGUUUGAAGUUUUUUAUAUUAUUUUUGAAAAUGUUGAAGUUACAAAUAGCUAAUGCGCAAGAUCGCAAGGAAGCUCAAAACAGAGAAAGAAGACGACAGUGUGAAUUGGAAAGAAGGUCUCGGAUUUUCAAUGCAAGAAAUAGGAAAAUUGGUGUUGAUCUACCAUUCCUGGAGCGUCAGGUGGAAGAAAAGCGCGCUGAACGAGGUGAACUAGAACGGAAGAACUUGGCUUUCGCUCAGCAGAUGAUCAAGGACAGUAAUCUCGCCGUUGUCCUCGAAGCCAGGGAGAGAGAAGAACGACGUCGUAUAGGCGUAGAAAUAGACGAAUUCCGUCAGAAGUACCAACGCAAGGAAGAUCGGCGCGAGUUCGACCUCAAUAAUCCUGAUGCGUUAAAAAUGCAACUACCGCCGAGAAAGUCCGAUGGCGAACCAGUGGGUUUAUCCAGCGCACAAAAAUUUGAAGGUGAAGAUCUCGAAUAUGAAGAACGUAAAAAGAUAAUGGCAGCUCAGAAGAAUGCGUGGCUGGAACAACAAGUUCAGGAGCGGAAAGCUGCUGAAGAGGAACGCAAGAAAGCGGAAGCAGCAUAUAUGAUGGCAAUUAAGGCUAGAGAUGCACGCGCAGGUGAUCUCGACAAACUGGAGCGAGAGUGUCGUUAUCGUCUAGGUCAGGCGAACUUGCGCUACAACGAAGCUUUGGCAGCCGAGAAGAAACAAUUAGAGCAAAUAAUGAAAGAACAGGAAGAAGCUGACAAUGCCGCGGAAAUGUACAACAAUCUCACUUCAGACAUGCUCACUGAAAACCCGGACGUAGCUAAGAGUGCUUUGGGGAACAAUAGAGCUAUUGGUUUUAUGUACAAAGGGAUGAACCAGGAAGAGUUGAAGAAGUUUUACGCGGCACAGAAGGAACAGAUGGCUGCGGCAAAAGCAAAGCGUGAGGCAGAAGAAAAAAUGGAAGCAGAGUGGCAAGCUUUAGCUAAGUCCAUACAACGAGAGGUCGCCAGGCAAGAUAUUGAGGACCAAAGGAAGAGGAGAGAAAUUGCACGCCAGCUGAUGGAAGAAAAUCAAUUACUCGCGCUUCAGCAAAAGGAGACGGAGAAAUAUUUUAAACAAGUCGUCUACAACAACACGCCAACCGACGACUACUACUCUCAAUUUAAUACAACUACUAGAUAAAUUCGUUUGUAGAUCUUACAAGUUGUAAUCGGUUCGAAAACCUCUGGGACGAUAAAUUGAUUUGCAAUGAUUUUUAUGACAUUUUUGGAUAUUUGUUUCAAUUCAAGGUCAUUUUAAUUAUCAUCCUGUCAGAUGAAACGGUCGUUAGAUUGUAACAUGUACAUUUGUUUUCGUUCAAGUUUUACGCGUUAUUGCGAUUGAAACUAUGGAGUGUAAAGGUGAGGAAAAGCAUAUUUGUGUGUAUAAAAAUACAUGAAACUUAAAUGGUGCAGCUGGAGCUGGGGAAUAUGAAGGAACCCGUAUUAUUAGAGCGAGAAAGAUAGACAUCCGCUUUCAAAAGUAGCAAUUUUCGAAUUAUUCUG